AUGGUUUUACACACUUCCCCAUUUCCCUGCUGCUGUCUGUCCAUUCUGCAUCGCCUUUCCUGGGCUCUGAUCUGCCCGUUUUAUUGGCUUAUGGACAGACUCAUAGCCUCCUGGUUGCCAGUCACCAAUGAAAAGGGCCAGAAGUGGUCUCUGUGCUGGUUCAUCCGCAUCAUCUUCACCACCCCCAUUUACCUGGGCCUCUGCACUCUGUCCAUACCCAGCGCCAUCUUCGGGUUCCUUCUGUGGAACCCUCUGCAGUUAUGUAGGCAGCCGUACAUCUACUCGAGGCUAGAAGACAAGAGCCAGGCGGGCGGGGCCAUCCUCCUCAAUGAAUGGAAGGCCACGGGUCCCGGGAAGAGUUUCUGCUUUGGCACGGCCAACGUCUGCCUCCUCCCCGAAUGCAUGGCCAGAGUGAACAAUCUUUCCAACACGCAAGACCGGGCCAAAGAAAUCGGGCAGAGAAUCCGAAAUGGGGCCAGCAGACCCCAGAUCAAAAUCUACAUAGACUCUCCCACAAACACCUCCAUCAGCGCGGCGAGCUUCAGCAGCCUGGCCUCCCCCCAGGGCGGCGACGGCCCCAACAAGACCGUCCACGCGGGCAUCAAGAGGACCACGUCCAUGGAGUACAAGGGCGACAACGGGAGUCCCAACAACAGCGAAGAGAACAGAAACCCCAAGACGGGCGGCGGCGGCGACUUUCACGAAGGCGAAGACAACGCCUGCAUCAUCCGCAUCGGCGGAGAGGACGGGGGCCAGCUGUCUGACCCCGAGGCCGACGGAGGCGGCGACUGCCCGGCCGAGACGCCGCUGGAGAACAAGGCCGAGGGCCAGAAGGGCCAAACGCCCAACCACAAGUCCAAGGAAGGGGACGCCGGAAGCCUGGACAGCUACACGGCUUCCAGAGAGUCGCUGGUGAAAGUGCGCAUCGGGGAGAGCGCGGCGGACCAAAGUUCUGUGAACAACAAAUUGCUCCAAAAGACUUCCGUGCUCAAGAAGACCUCUCUGAGAAAAAAGAAGCAUACGGACGAGAUCUUCGACCACGAGAUCUCCGCCUUCUUCCCCGCCAACUUGGACUUCUUGUGCUUGCAGGAAGUAUUUGACAAAAGAGCAGCGGGGAAGUUGAAAGACCAGCUCCACCAAUACUUCGAAUACAUUCUGUACGACGUCGGGGUCUACGGCUGCUGCUGCUCCUGUCCCUGUAAGAUCCUCAACAGCGGCCUCCUUUUUGCCAGCCGCUACCCAGUGAUGGAUGCUGUCUACCACUGUUACCCCAACGGAGGAGGGACCGAUGCCUUUUCUUCAAAGGGAGCCUUGUUUGUGAAGGUACAAGUGGGAAGUACACCUCAGGACCAAAGAAUCGUGGGAUAUAUUUCCUGCACCCACUUGCAAGCUGAAGGAGAUGACAGCACCAUUCGAUGUGAACAACUGAGUCAGCUUCAGGAUUGGCUAGCUGAUUUCCGAAAAUCUACCUCCUCCUCCAGCACAGCCAAUCCCGAGGAGCUAGUGGCGUUUGAUGUGGUCUGCGGAGAUUUCAACUUUGACAACUGCUCUUCUGUGUGUCUGUCUGUGUGGACUAGGGUCCUGGAAAGUGAAGAAGGAAGGAGAGAGUAUAUUAGCUAUCCCACCAGCAAGAACCACCCUUCCAACCAGAAGGUCUUGAUGAAGGGAAAUGGCAGCAGGAUUGAUUACAUGCUCUAUACUGAGGAGGGGCUCUACCUGGACUGGAAAGUGGAGGUGGAAGAAUUCAGUUUUAUUACCCAGUUAGCAGGUUUGACUGACCACCUGCCUGUGGCCAUGCGCCUGAUGGUCAACACCGGAGAGGAAGAGGCGUAG